AUGUCUACAAAGGCAAUCUCCUGUUUUUUACUCAUUCUAUGCAGUGUAUUGCUAGUUCAAGUCAAAUCUCAAAUAUGCCAAGGAAUUGCUCAAUAUGAUCGAUGUUCAACAAAUGGUGGCUGUGCCUGUUUGUAUAUUGCAGGAACGCAAAACAUCGGCAUUUGUAGUGAUCAAUUCUUAGCAGAUUGUUCUGAGCUAGUUAAGUGCGAUCACAAUAAUCUUUGUGAUAAACCUGAUCAUAGAUGUGUUCAUCACCCUCGAUGUCAUAAUCUUCCUGUUUGUUAUCCAGUACCGACUUACAAUCGACAACUUUGCCCACCAAUCACAAGUAAAAGAAUCGUCAGUUACCUUGAGAGUGAAGAUGUGACUGUGAGUUUUCUGUAUGCAUGCUCAUUAGAG